UCCAGGAGAUAAAAUAAAGUUCUCUAUAUUACCAUCGAAGUCGAAGGAUUAUUUAUCUCCUAAUGUUGUUGGAGGUCCAUUCGACAAGAUAAAUUUGGUAAAUAAAAAGGCUAAUAUGCUUAUCCUCAUACUCAAUAUGAUAAAUUUCCUAAUGUCGCUGGUUUUCAGUAGCUUACUGCUAGGUGCUAGAUAUUUUUUGAUACUUUAUUAUUUGAUUGUGCUCUUUGUUACUUUGACAGCAAAAGUAUGAUUAAUUCCGUGAUUUAUCAUUAAUGAAGCCUCCUCAAUUUAUUGCACGUACUGUUAGUGUCAUAUCAUGGGUGAAAAGACUUAAUGGCAGAGGGAAUGUAAGCGCCUCACAGUUCUUUUAUUUUCUUAUUAUUUUACUUAGUCUUGCUGCAAUAGGUUUAUAAACGAAAUAUUUCACUUCUACAAAGAAAUUUGUCUUCAGUUACAAGUCAAGAGGUCUGAAAGACAUGUGAAGUAAAUCCAAUCUAAGAGUUGAAGAAUGUAGGAACGGAUGACGGUUCCUCAAGAAUGUUGUCGUCAUCUUUUCUGUUCGUAGUCCAAGCUGCUUCUGCUGAUUAUUCCUUUGUCGAGCUUCUAAGGAAAGUUUUUUUAGUGAAUAACAACUCAUGUAUGAACGCUAUGCUUAUCUUUUUGGAUUAUAGAACAAUGGAGGAGAGCAAGCUAUUUCUAUAAUUAUUGAAUAUUUAGGUUGAAAGAGUGGUAUAUAAAAGCAUGAGUUGCCUUAUAUAUUGAGUCAAUUGCAAACCAAAAAAUAAUUCUGUUUUUCAACCAAUUAGAAAGGGAGUAACCAAAGUUUGAAGGAAACGGAGGAAAUGCAAUGAAGAUAAUUAUGCUAACAUUCAUGACUAGCGUAAAGUUAUAGCUCUUCGUUUUGCUUAUGAGAGCCUUUUACCUUUAUGAUGAACCAAAGUAAGAAUGCAAUGAAGAUAAUUCUGUUUUUCAACCAAAGUUAUUUUGUUUCUUAAGAAGCUUCCUAAUUUCUCACACCUUAUUUUAAUCUUUUGUGUCUACCGCAUUUUAUAAAUAAUAUUUUCUUAUCAAAAUUAUAUUUACGGAUACUAGUUCUAUUGAAUUGAAAAGAAAGAGCGAAAAAAAAGCGCGGAAAGGCACUCUGUUCUUUGCAGUACGGAAGAGAAUUUUCCGUUCACGCAUUGUUCUCGAAUUUCCAAAAAUAUCCCCAUUUUCCCGCUUUUACAAGUUGGUCAAUCACGUAAUUAUCUUCAAAUUUCAGGGUCAAAUUCUUUCUCCUCGCUUCUCACACCAUUCUUCUCUUUCCCACACAGCAACCAAGACACACACACACAGAGCAAAAGAAAUGUCUGUACGAAAUCGACAUUUGUAUAUAGUAGUAAUAAAGUUUUUUACGAAUAGGGUUUUAUUACAUUCUGUAAAGUGAAAAAAAAUGAAUUCUGAUAUUCAAGCUCUGAAUGUGGAUGACCAUUUUUCCGCCGCCGGCGAGGAAGUUCCCGCCGGUACUGAUAAGGCGGUCGACUUUCCGAUUGGGUAUGAAGGUGGGGUGGGUGGUGUUAAGGUUACAAUGCCUCAUCAUUACACAGUUUAUAGUGCUUCUGAUCAUGUUGCUUUUCAAAAUGGAGAGGCUAAUUUGAACCAGCUCACUCUAUCGUUUCGUGGCCAAGUUUUCGUUUUUGAUGGCGUUACUACUCACAAGGUCCAAUCGGUCUUUCAACUUUUGGGUGGAUUUGAGUAUUCUCCGGGCAUGCAAACUGUAGGUUUGGCAAGUCCAAACCAGGAGGACUCUGUGGACUAUCCAUUGCACUGUGCAGAUCCAAAAAGACUUGAAUCCCUCAUUAGAUUUCGUGAAAAGAGGAAAAGGCGAUGCUAUGGAAAGAAAAUCAGAUACGAUGUCCGCCAAGAAGUUGCUUUUAGGAUGCAGCGCAAGAAUGGACAAUUUGCUCGAAAAGGCUCAGGUGAACCAAAACAGGAUGACAACCCACCAGAAGAAACUUGGUGCAUCCAUUGUGGAACUAGUUCAAAGGACACCCCUAUGAUGAGGCGUGGUCCUGCUGGCCCAAGGACUCUUUGCAAUGCAUGUGGCCUCACUUGGGCAAAUAAGGGGAUCAUGAGGAAUCUCUAUACGGCAUCCAAUGAUAAUACUCUGCUCACGGAACUAGAGGAUGAAGAUCAUAGCAACUCUGACUAUGGAGCUCCUCCCCGUUAUCUCUCUUGUCAAGUUUCUUCCUCGGCCAGUGAUUCCUCCGUUCUGGCAGCUCAACAAUGACUUUGAUGCCUUAGAAAGAGAGUCAUAGUACAUCAAUAUGUCAUCUGAUCAUCCGACUGAAGGAUUUCAUGUACUUAUUAGUUAUUACAGUUUAUAUUGACAGAUUAACAACUUAGCGAGAAUUUACUGGUGAAAGCAAAGGAUUUCUCUUGCCCUUGUAAAUAUACCAGUGUAGAUUAGCUCUUGUUACGUAUGCAGCAUCUAGAUUGAACUUCUCAGUAACAUUAACAAACGCCUUUUAACCUUUAGUAUAUCUAACUUUCCCUCUUUGGGUAAUCAGAAUUGUAUUAGUUACAAACUAGUGAUGAAUGAUCGUUUUAUCUAUAUUCUUCUCGUAUACAUGAUGUAUAUUUUAUUUUCGUAUCCUCGACUCCCCC